GCUCAGGGAGCCGUGACGAGUCCGGAAGCGCCUGCGCGCGCUCCUCUGUACGAGAACUAGUUUUGUUCCGUGCCCUCUGGACUGGAACCCUUUGGAGAGAACCCCCCAGCAGGACCAACCCCGCACCAGCCAGCACCGCGGCAAUGUCCAGCAACAGUUUUUCUUACAAUGAGCAGUCCGGAGGAGGGGAGGCGACGGAGCUGGGUCAGGAGGCGACCUCAACCAUUUCCCCCUCGGGGGCCUUCGGCCUCUUUAGCAGCGAUUUGAAGAAGAAUGAAGAUCUAAAGCAAAUGUUAGAGAGCAACAAAGAUUCUGCUAAAUUGGAUGCUAUGAAGCGGAUUGUUGGGAUGAUUGCAAAAGGGAAAAAUGCAUCUGAACUGUUUCCUGCUGUUGUGAAGAAUGUGGCCAGUAAAAAUAUUGAGAUCAAGAAGUUGGUGUAUGUUUACCUGGUUCGAUAUGCUGAAGAACAGCAGGAUCUUGCACUCCUAUCCAUAAGCACUUUUCAGCGAGCUCUGAAGGACCCAAACCAACUAAUUCGUGCAAGUGCUUUGAGAGUUCUAUCAAGUAUUAGAGUGCCAAUUAUUGUACCUAUCAUGAUGCUUGCUAUUAAGGAAGCUUCUGCUGACUUAUCACCAUAUGUUAGGAAGAAUGCAGCCCAUGCAAUACAAAAAUUAUACAGCCUUGAUCCAGAGCAGAAGGAAAUGUUAAUUGAAGUAAUUGAAAAACUUCUGAAAGAUAAAAGCACAUUGGUAGCUGGCAGUGUUGUGAUGGCUUUUGAAGAAGUAUGCCCGGACAGAAUAGAUCUGAUUCAUAAGAAUUACCGCAAGCUAUGUAACUUACUAGUGGAUGUUGAAGAGUGGGGGCAGGUUGUCAUAAUCCACAUGCUAACUCGAUAUGCUCGGACACAGUUUGUCAGCCCUUGGAAAGAGGGUGAUGAAUUAGAAGACAAUGAAAAGAAUUUCUACGAAUCUGAUGAUGAUCAGAAGGAAAAGACUGACAAAAGGAAGAAGCCAUAUACUAUGGAUCCAGAUCAUAGACUCUUAAUUAGAAAUACAAAGCCUUUGCUUCAGAGCAGGAAUGCUGCGGUGGUUAUGGCAGUUGCUCAGCUGUAUUGGCACAUAUCACCAAAAUCUGAAGCUGGCAUAAUUUCUAAAUCACUAGUGCGUUUACUUCGUAGCAAUAGGGAGGUGCAGUAUAUUGUCCUACAAAAUAUAGCAACUAUGUCAAUUCAAAGAAAGGGGAUGUUCGAACCUUAUCUGAAGAGUUUCUAUGUUAGGUCAACUGAUCCAACUAUGAUCAAGACACUGAAGCUUGAAAUUUUGACAAACUUGGCAAAUGAAGCCAACAUAUCAACUCUUCUUCGAGAAUUUCAGACCUAUGUGAAAAGCCAGGAUAAACAAUUUGCAGCAGCCACUAUUCAGACUAUAGGCAGAUGUGCAACCAACAUCUUGGAAGUAACUGACACAUGCCUCAAUGGCUUGGUCUGUCUGCUGUCCAACAGGGAUGAAAUAGUUGUUGCUGAAAGUGUGGUUGUUAUAAAGAAAUUACUGCAAAUGCAACCUGUUCAACAUGGUGAAAUUAUUAAACAUAUGGCCAAACUCUUGGACAGUAUCACUGUUCCUGUUGCUAGAGCAAGUAUUCUUUGGCUAAUUGGAGAAAACUGUGAACGAGUUCCUAAAAUUGCCCCUGAUGUUUUGAGGAAGAUGGCUAAAAGCUUCACUAGUGAAGAUGAUCUGGUAAAACUGCAGAUAUUAAAUCUGGGAGCAAAAUUGUAUUUAACCAACUCCAAACAGACAAAAUUGCUUACCCAGUACAUAUUAAAUCUCGGCAAGUAUGAUCAAAACUACGACAUCAGAGACCGUACAAGAUUUAUUAGGCAGCUUAUUGUUCCGAAUGAAAAGAGUGGAGCUUUAAGUAAAUAUGCCAAAAAAAUAUUCCUAGCACAAAAGCCUGCACCACUGCUUGAGUCUCCUUUUAAAGAUAGAGAUCAUUUCCAGCUUGGCACCUUAUCUCAUACUCUCAACAUUAAAGCUACUGGGUACCUGGAAUUAUCUAAUUGGCCAGAGGUGGCGCCCGACCCAUCAGUUCGAAAUGUAGAAGUAAUAGAGUUGGCAAAAGAAUGGACCCCAGCGGGAAAAGCAAAGCAAGAUAAUUCUGCUAAGAAGUUUUAUUCUGAAUCUGAGGAAGAGGAGGACUCUUCUGAUAGUAGCAGUGAUAGUGAGAGUGAAUCUGGAAGUGAAAGUGGAGAGCAAGGCGACAGUGGGGAGGAAGGAGACAGCAAUGAGGACAGCAGUGAGGACUCCUCCAGUGAGCAGGACAGUGAGAGUGGAAGGCAGUCAGGCCUAGAAAACAAAAGAACGGCCAAGAGGAACUCAAAAGCCAAAGGAAAAAGUGAUUCUGAAGAUGGGGAGAAGGAAAAUGAAAAAUCUAAAACUUCAGAUUCUUCAAAUGCCGAAUCUAGUUCAAUAGAAGACAGUUCUUCAGAUUCUGAAUCAGAGUCAGAAUCUGAAAGUGAAUCUGAAUCCAGAAAAGUCACUCAGGAGAAAGAAAAGAAAACAAAACAAGGUAGAACUCCUCUUACCAAAGAUGUUUCACUUCUAGAUUUGAAUGAUUUUAACCCAGUAUCCACUCCAGUUGCACUUCCCACACCAGCUCUUUCUCCAAGUUUGAUGGCUGAUCUUGAAGGUUUAAACUUGUCAACUUCCUCUUCAGUCAUCAGUAAUGGCAUGGCUCCUGAUAGCACAUCCAGCCCUCAAAACAGUACUGAGAAAAGAAGAUGAAUCAACCAGAGUUUAAUCUUCCUCAUUAUGUGUCUGAAUUUGGAAAGAAGUGGACAGAAGACAUCAGAGGAAAAUAAGGAAAACCUCUCAAGAAUUACAACUCCCAUAUAAUGCUGUGAGAUCUCAAUAAAUCUAGGAGCUUUUUUGGAUCCUGAAAUGAAGUUCAUAGAUUAUAGAGUACAUCUAUAAUUUUAAAGUCAACAUGUUGUCCUAGUUGAAUAGAAAAAAUAAAAGUAACAUAUAAUAAACUAAUAUUUUCAAUGAUAUGUAACUGUUUGAGCAUGACUACACUAGAAGUAGUUAAUUGAUGCUGGCACUCAUAUAUAGAACUCAUGAAUGUGAGAACUAUAUGUGCGGAUUUAUAUAGGUGUGUUGUUCGGCAACUCAAAUGCUAUGGGUUGCGGUAUUGCCAUCAGUGACAUAAUUUUCCAAACACUGAACCGUUUUUCUGCACCAAAGUAGUUGCAUUCCUGGAAAACUGAACCUGUUAAAAUCUUGCCAAAGGGAAGAAGAACUUCGUAUUUUAUGUGAAAUGUUCUAGGAUCAAGUAAUUUUAAGCACGUUUUCACCUCACGAAUGUUUAACAAGACAUUUGAAUGUUAAUAGUUUCAUUUUCUCAUAGUAGGAAACAGAGCUUUUGUGAGGGACAUGGUACAGUCUGUAUCGUCAGGAUCUGCCCUAUUCAUUACCACGAACAUCUAGCAUUCCUGGCCACGAACAUCUAGCUCCGUAAAGCUGGCAGCAUCCUUUACUGUCCCUCCCUCCAGUCGUGUCCUAGCUGCAAACGUCAAAGCAUUAUGUAGCGGUGAGAAGCACAGGUUCUUGAUUCAGACUACCUGUGUUCAAAUCAGAGUUCUGCAGUUUACAAAUUAGAGACUUUGGGCAAGUCAGUUCCCCUUCCAGUGCCUCCAUUGUUUUCAUCUGUAAAAUGAUCAUGCUACCUACCUCAUAGGAUUGUUGUUGGUAUUAAAUGAUUAACAAACAUGAAAUGUUUAUAAUAGUAACUGAUACGUACUAAUAACUAAAUAUUUCCUGUUAUCAUUUUCAUUACAUGUAUAUCAUUAGUGUAACUUUAUAAAGGAAAUGAAGUGUGACCCAAGAAAACUGUGUUUUCUUCUUACUAUUAAGGCUGUACAUAGAUAUGCUGAAACAUGAAAAUUACUAUGGAUUCUACUUUAAAGAAAGAAGAGUGGAGAUACUGCUGAUUGUUGAAACCAAGGAAAGGGUGAUUCAAAGUAAUAGAAUCAGUAGCUGUAAAAAUUGUGGUCGUAUGAUUGAGUAUAAAUGAUAAAAAUAAGAAAUGAAAACUAGAAGGUGAGGAAUGAUGACAGGAUGCAUGGUAAUUAUUUUUUCAAUGUAGGAAAACACUCAAUAAUAUGCAAAAUUGAAACCACUUUUGUUUUUGUUUUUAAUGAAAUACAGACCUCUUAAUGAUUUGUAUAUACUCAAAGAACAUUUAUCUGAUGUUUUGGAGGGUUUUUUAUUUUUUGGUUUUAAUUCCGUAUCUUUUUCUUCAAAGUAAGAUUAUAGUCCCAUUCUAAGGGAUAAUUUGUCUGUUUCUCUGUAUAUCUGUCAGUGGGGACAGAAGUGUCAUGUUCACCAUGGUUAACAGUUGCUUUAGAUGGAAUGGUUUCGGAAUGACUUGUUGAUUGUUUUGGUACUUUUCUGUAAUGUUUAGAUGUUUUAUAAUUUAUAAUAAAUGAUAACUUUUUAAAACAAAUUAUUACUAUAAAAAUGAACAAAAGGACAAAAACCAGAGAAAUUAAUUUAUGAUAUAACGAAUCAGAAUAGUGCUUACUCCUAGGAGAAUUAGUGCUUAUAAGGAAAAACAAGAUAAUGUUUUGUCUUUUGAUCUGUCUUUUGGAGCUGUUACAUGGGUGUAUUCAGUUUAUGAAAAAAAGCAUUGAGCUUUGCACUUAAGAUAUGUGUACUUUAUGUAUAUUGUACUUCAAUAAAACAUUUUUAAAAGUGGACAAAUGAUAUAAACACAUUAUUCAUAGAGGGGGAAAUAUAGAUGAUAAUAUGUGAAAAAGGUUCAGUGGUAGUAAUGAAUAAAUGUAGAUUUAAAGAACCAUCUUGCCUGUAACAUUAGCAAAAAUCACAAAAACCAACAUCUGUUGUUGCUGAGGUAUGCAAUGAAGCAGGCAUUAUACACUGCUCCACUGGUAAAAGUAUAAAUUAUUACAUCAUUCUGGAUGGCAGUUGGGCCAUCUGUAUAAAAAGCCAUCAAAAUAUGUAUACCUUUUGACCAGGUAAUCUCAUGUCUAGAUUCUUCUUCUAAGGAAGUAAUUAGAAUUACGAAGAUUUAUGUGCAUGGUUGUUUAAACCUAAAUGUCUAGUGAUAGUAGUGAUGGUUACAAAAAGUAUACAAAAACAAUUUAAGGAAUUUUGUACAAUUAUUAAGAUUUUAUUACAUAUUUUAAUAAGAUAAAAUAUGGUAUAAGGUAAGGUGGAAAAAGGGAUACAAAAUGUUAUGUACAUUAUCUCAAUUUUGUAAAAUUGUACAGUUGUACUGUUUUCAAAUACAGGGAAAUUGAAAGAGUAGAAGAAACUGCAUCAUAAUUUUAAGAGCUUUUAUGAAUGAUGAGAUUAUGGAUGUUUUAUAUUUAAUUUUCUUUUACAUAUUUUUAAAUGUCUUCCAUUUUCUCUUAAUCAAGAUGUAACACAUCUAUUACCCGAAAAGCAAUACUUUUAAAAUAGAAAUGGAAAGCACAUAUAUGAAUGAUGAGGAUUCCUUUUUAUUUGUUUAGGUCCUUUUCCUUUUCCUCUUCCUUCUCUCUUUCUUUUUCUUUUCUCUUCUUUUCUUUGGGUCUGGCUCUGUCG